AUGUUCAAAUUUAUUCUGAUUGUGUUAAUUGGAUUUUCACAUCUACCAAAGACAAGUCCAUGUGUAGCUCAAUGGGGCCAAUGUGGUGGUUUAACCUAUACAGGUCCAACAGAUUGUUGUGCACCAUACAUAUGCAAAUAUAGUAAUGAUUGGUACUCACAAUGCUUGACAGAUCCAACAUCCAUAAACUCUGGUUGCAGUGCUUUGUCGGCACAAUGUGGUGGUAUUGGAUGGAGUGGUUCAACAACUUGUUGUGCCCCAUACGUAUGCACAUAUAGUAAUGAUUGGUACUCACAAUGCUUGGCAGCUUCAAUAACUUCCAACAGUAUCUCUUCGACAGGUAUUCCAACUACUACUACUCGAAGUACUUCAACUACUACUGUUCAAAGUACUUCAUCAUCUUCAUCAACAUCUUCCAGUUCUAGUAGUACAUCAUCAAGCUCUAGUACUGUGAACCAAGGUUGCAGUGCUUUGUGGGCACAAUGCGGUGGUAUUGGAUGGAGUGGUCCAACAACUUGUUGUGCCCCAAAUGUAUGCCAAUAUGGUAACGCUUGGUACUCACAAUGUGUAGUAUCAGGAACAUCGUCUGGUUCUUCAGUGGCUGCAAGUAGUACUGUCAGUACAGCAACAUUAUCUAUCGAUUCUACUCGUCAAUCCGGUGUUACUACUCGUUAUUGGGAUUGUUGUAAAGCAAGUUGUGGAUGGCCAGGUAAAGCUUCUGUGACAAGUCCAGUUAGAACAUGUGCACAAAAUGGUAAUACAUUUGUUGAUCCUAAUACUCAAUCCGGUUGUACUGGUGGUACUGCUUAUAUGUGUAAUGAUCAACAACCAUGGAAUGUUAGUUCAACUCUUGCAUAUGGUUUUGCUGCUGCUCAUAUUGCUAAUCAAGGUGAAGCAGAUUGGUGUUGUGCUUGUUAUUCAUUAAUAUUUACAUCAGGACCUGUUGUUGGUAAAGAAUUAAUAGUUCAAGUAACAAAUACAGGUGGUGAUCUUGGUAAUAAUCAUUUUGAUCUUCAAAUGCCUGGUGGUGGUGUUGGCAUAUUUGAUGGAUGUUCAAAGCAAUUUCCUGGUUCAUAUACAUGGGGUCAAACAUAUGGUGGCGUUAGUCAAAGAUCAGAUUGUGCUGGUUUACCAUCUGUUCUUCAACCAGGCUGUUAUUGGCGAUUUGAUUGGUUUAUGGGUGCUGAUAAUCCAACGAUAAGUUUCAAACAAGUAUCUUGUCCACUUGUUCUUACUUCAAUUACUCAAUGCGUUAGAGUUUAA